CCAGGCUCGGCGCGCGGUGGAGCUGCGGCUGCUCGUGCUGCUGGGAGGAGCGGUGGAGGUGGCUGCCUUGCGCCUCCCCAGACUUCCCAAGUGGGGGCAGAGCAGGCGCUCGCUGGAGACAUCAGUUAGAAGGCACGGGCAAAGAGGGACCAGCAAACUCCUCCUCGGCGUCUCCUCUCCACCCCCUUUUGGUCCCUGCCCUUGGAGAAAGUGGAGUGUGGCGCUGGGUUGUGGCGAUUUCUUCUGACUGCUUCGCGGUGCGCGGAUUCAGCAGCUGCCGGGCGGCGCGGGGCUUUCCGCUGUUUGCGCCUCUCUCUGGGUGGCUUCCCCACUGCACACCUCCGUCUACCAUGAGGAAAGGUCUGCGGGCUACAGCGGCCCGCUGCGGACUGGGACUGGGAUAUGUGCUGCAAAUGCUCGUGCUACCUGCCCUGGCCCUGCUCAGCGCCAGCGGCACGGGCUCUGCCGCUCAAGACGACGACUUUUUUCACGAACUCCCAGAAACCUUUCCCUCCGAUCCACCUGAGCCUCUACCACACUUCCUUAUUGAGCCUGAGGAAGCUUACAUUGUGAAGAACAAGCCUGUGAACCUGUAUUGUAAAGCCAGCCCUGCCACCCAAAUCUACUUCAAGUGCAACAGUGAAUGGGUGCAUCAGAAGGACCACAUAGUAGAUGAGAGAGUAGACGAAACAUCUGGUCUCAUUGUCCGGGAGGUGAGCAUUGAAAUUUCACGCCAGCAAGUGGAGGAACUCUUUGGACCUGAGGAUUACUGGUGCCAGUGUGUGGCCUGGAGCUCAGCAGGCACCACGAAGAGCCGGAAAGCCUACGUACGCAUUGCAUAUCUGCGGAAGACAUUUGAGCAGGAACCCCUGGGAAAGGAAGUAUCCUUAGAACAAGAAGUCUUACUCCAAUGCCGGCCACCCGAAGGGAUCCCAGUGGCUGAGGUGGAGUGGUUGAAAAACGAAGACAUAAUUGAUCCUGUUGAAGACCGGAACUUUUACAUUACUAUUGAUCAUAACCUCAUCAUAAAGCAGGCCCGCCUCUCUGAUACUGCGAAUUAUACCUGUGUUGCUAAAAACAUUGUUGCCAAGAGAAAAAGUACAACUGCCACUGUCAUAGUUUAUGUGAAUGGUGGUUGGUCCACCUGGACAGAGUGGUCGGUGUGUAACAGCCGCUGUGGACGAGGGUAUCAGAAACGUACAAGGACCUGCACCAACCCAGCACCACUCAAUGGUGGUGCCUUCUGUGAAGGGCAGAGUGUCCAGAAAAUAGCCUGUACCACAUUGUGUCCAGUGGAUGGCAGGUGGACCUCAUGGAGCAAGUGGUCUACAUGCGGCACAGAGUGCACCCACUGGCGCAGGAGGGAGUGCACGGCACCAGCCCCCAAGAAUGGAGGCAAGGACUGCGACGGCUUGGUCUUGCAAUCCAAGAACUGCACGGAUGGGCUCUGCAUGCAGAGUUUCAUUUAUCCUAUUUCAACUGAACAGAGAACCCAGAAUGAAUAUGGAUUUUCUUCUGCUCCUGACUCCGAUGACGUUGCUCUCUAUGUUGGAAUUGUGAUCGCGGUGAUAGUGUGCCUGGCGAUCUCUGUAGUCGUGGCCCUAUUUGUAUAUCGGAAGAAUCACCGAGACUUCGAGUCUGACAUUAUUGACUCAUCAGCACUCAAUGGAGGCUUUCAGCCUGUGAACAUCAAGGCAGCAAGACAAGAUCUUCUGGCAGUUCCCCCAGACCUCACUUCAGCUGCCGCCAUGUACAGGGGACCUGUCUAUGCCCUACAUGACGUCUCAGACAAAAUCCCAAUGACCAAUUCUCCAAUUCUGGAUCCACUGCCCAACCUGAAAAUCAAAGUGUACAACACGUCAGGUGCUGUCACUCCCCAAGAUGACCUCUCUGAGUUUACGUCCAAGCUGUCCCCGCAGAUGACCCAAUCCUUGUUGGAAAACGAAGCUCUCAACCUGAAGAAUCAGAGCCUAGCCAGGCAGACAGAUCCAUCCUGCACUGCGUUUGGCACCUUCAACUCCCUUGGGGGUCACCUCAUCGUUCCCAACUCAGGAGUAAGUCUGCUGAUUCCUGCCGGGGCCAUUCCCCAAGGGAGAGUCUACGAAAUGUAUGUGACGGUACACAGGAAAGAAAAUAUGAGGCCACCCAUGGAAGACUCACAGACACUUCUGACGCCUGUGGUGAGCUGUGGGCCUCCAGGAGCUCUGCUGACACGCCCCGUCAUCCUUACCAUGCAUCACUGCGCAGAUCCUGACACGGAGGACUGGAAGAUUCAACUCAAGAACCAGGUGGCACAGGGCCAGUGGGAGGACGUGGUGGUGGUCGGAGAGGAAAACUUCACUACCCCUUGCUACAUUCAGCUGGAUGCAGAGGCCUGCCACAUCCUCACAGAGAACCUCAGCACCUAUGCCCUGGUUGGCCAGUCCACCAACAAGGCAGCUGCAAAGCGACUGAAGCUGGCCAUCUUUGGGCCCCUCUGUUGCUCCUCCCUGGAGUACAGCAUCCGGGUCUACUGUCUGGAUGACACACAGGAUGCCCUGAAGGAAGUUCUACAACUUGAGAGACAGAUGGGAGGACAGCUCCUAGAGGACCCCAAGGCUCUUCAUUUUAAAGGCAGCACCCACAACCUGCGCCUGUCAAUUCAUGACAUCGCCCAUUCACUCUGGAAGAGCAAACUGCUGGCUAAGUAUCAGGAGAUUCCUUUUUAUCAUAUCUGGAGUGGGUCUCAAAGAAACCUCCACUGCACCUUCACUCUGGAAAGAUUCAGCCUGAACACAGUGGAGCUGGUUUGCAAGCUCUGUGUGCGGCAAGUGGAAGGAGAGGGACAGAUCUUCCAGCUCAACUGCACCGUGUCAGAGGAACCUACAGGCAUGGAUUUGCCACUGCUGGACCCUGCGAGUACCAUCACCACCGUCACGGGGCCGAGCGCCUUCAGCAUUCCUCUCCCGAUCCGGCAGAAGCUUUGUAGCAGCCUGGAUGCCCCACAGACUAGAGGCCAUGACUGGCGGAUGCUGGCCCAUAAGCUAAACUUGGACAGGUACUUGAAUUACUUUGCCACCAAAUCAAGCCCAACUGGUGUAAUCCUGGAUCUUUGGGAAGCACAGAACUUCCCGGAUGGAAACCUGAGCAUGCUGGCAGCUGUCUUGGAAGAAAUGGGACGACACGAAACGGUAGUGUCGUUAGCAGCUGAAGGGCAGUACUGACCACACGGAAGCAGGAAAUGGAUGGAGACACACAGGGAGUCUGUGGCCCCCCCAGGGGUGUCACCGCGGAGAAGGACAUUGGAGACUAGACCCAGUGAGCUUCACCGGCCCAUCACAGCAGGAGAGAGAAGAAACACAGAUACAACUUCCAAUACACAUGCCCACUUUACCUGGACAGCACUGCCGGAGUUAAGAAAAAUUGUGUAAAUGUGUACCUUGAAUUUAGAAACCAACCUAAUUUUCCUCUUAGUUGGGCUGUAUGCUGUAUGGUACAGGAUCUUACAGUUUCCUAGGAAACGCUUUUUAUUGCUAUCCAGAUAUAUGGAUAAACUUUCUUAACAAACCCAAUUUCUACAAACGUUGUUUACAUCCACUUGGACAGGGAUGCAGACACUGUCCAUGGCUCGUUCUAUUUUUGUUCAAAUCAUUUGAAGUUGAAGCUGUGGACGGUUUGUUGUGUCUACUUCAGAUUAGUAAUUUACAGAGAAAUCACAGACUUUUGCUACACAUUGUGUACAUCAAGUGUCUCAGAUAAUCCUCCAUCAGUGUUCUGUUUCUAGAACUUGUAGAACCAGUGUUACUGUUUGUAUCAGGGAAGUGGAGACUCUAAGUGUCAGGGAGAAGGGACCGAGACUCCUUGCUCCUUGCAGGAGAGACUUACCUGGUGCCCUCUGAGGAUAAAGCUGUAGCAUUGCAGGGAAGAUAGUGAUUCAUGUCCAACCACAAACACACGCGUUUCUCCACACCAUGUAUGUCAUAUGCAAUUUGAAGUCGCGUUUGUUUUUUAAAAAGGUAUCAUUAUUAGUACCCUUACUAUUAUUAUUGAUGUAUAUUUACAAGUAUUCUAGCAAAAGGGUUUUCUUUUAACUUCUGUUUUCGUUAGCAGUACUGUUAGUAUUUGGGUAUUGACUAGACUUGCCCCCCCCCCCAUCUCACAUAACAGAGUGGGUGUACUCACCUGUUAACAGGCAUUGCUUCCUUGACCUUUGACCUUUCUUCUACCAGUCUGCCCUGGAAAGAUAGAAAAUGAUUACUGGCUUUCUCCAUCUUUUCUUUAAGCUCACUCAGUCAGGCUCUUUCCCCUCUGGGUCUUACCAUGAGAAGCGUAAUCAAUGAUGUAUGGUUCUGUGGCCCCAUGUUGGCUGCCCCCAUGGUGCCCUGUUUACCUUAUGGGCAGUGUGGUAGGAGGACCAAUUUCCAAACUGGAAAUCAGGAAACUAGUUCUUGUUCUGGAUUUUUUGUACUGCUUAGCUCUGCUGCUUUGAGAGCAUUUAAACCUCGCUGGACUUCAACUUCCAUAAUAGCUUGUAAAAAGGUUGGUAGGCACAUGCCAUCUCAAGGUUCUAGGAUGCUGGUCUUCCACUGUGCUGCCUCCAGUCUCACACAGUGUCUGCAUACCACAUGGGACUCUGAUUUAAGUAAUUAGCUAGUCUUUUCUCCAGGCUACAUUAUGCCUUUCAAAUAGUUGUGAUGUGGAAGAUAAUCACACUAACCAGCUACAUACUUAUUUGACUCAAGUCUCUUGUUUGUUUCACUGCAUUCUGUAGUUCACUAGGAGAUGGAUCCCUUUCUUCUCAUCGUCUUGUCCUCUCUGGGGACUCCUCGCAUUCAUGACUAGUUAUACACUGUUUUACUGUUGUCUCAGUUUCUUAAUACCAACACAAGUUUAUCUGCAAAUAGGGAAUUGGUGCAUUUUUUUCUCUCUCCCCCUAAUCUUUGCUUUCAUGAUAGCAGCAUACACAAAGGUUGUUUCAUUAGCCCUUUUAUACUACCAAAUGUUAGUCAACAGACUUUGUGUCAACUAUGACAUUUCCUUGGGGCCAUCACAGGCUGUUUGUUUUAACACAGGGACUCAAUUCAUUCAGCAGUUGGCGAAUGAAGAGUCAACAGCCCAGUAACCAAACCAAGACUACACAAGCAUGCAUGUGUAUGAAUCAAAACCUCCAAUAAACAUGACUGUGGUUCACUUUUGGCCUGGAGGUACCCAUGUUGCUGACUGGAUCUGAACAGAAAUUACUUAUAUGUUUUCUCCGAUCUUUGCAAAUGGAUUUCUUCUUUCUUUUGGUGAUUUCUUAGUAUUCUCAAGAGUCCUUCGGCCUUCUCAUGGAGGGGGGAACUGUUGCUGUCUUUCUUUCACGCUUUUCACUUCUGGCUUAGACAUGUAUUCUAUAGUCGUGUCUCAGGACAUCCCCUGGCGUAUUUCUAUUUACAAAAAUAUUUGUCACUCUUAUUGUGGAGGGGAGAGACUGCAUUUAUAAGUUCAAUGGAUAAUGUUUGCACCAAUGAGAAAAACUGUGCUCUAAAUUUUCAAAUUUUAAAGAAAUAUUUAAAAAUCAGGAGAGGGGGAAGAGAGCUAAUGUCCAUUGCUAUAUCUUAAAAAUAAAUGUAAUUUGGCAAGAUUAUUCAUCAGUGCUGGGAUUGCAGAAUCAACUAUGGAAACUGGGAACUGGAUACUCAAAAGGAACCCCUAUUUCUAUUAAAACAUUGAGGAAGCAAAUUGGCAGCUAUCCAGAUGAAUCAAUUUCAACACUUUUACUGAAAACUUUGAUUUAAAAAAAGUCACCAACACCGAAACAGUGAGCAUAACAGGAACUGCAUUAUGGGAGCUACAGAGGGCCCUCGGGGUUUGCUGCAGGCGCUUGUUUUCUCAUUCGGCCUCCCACCACCAGGAAAGGGAAAAGUGGUAGAUUCUUCGUGAGGGUCUCAUAGAACUCUGUUAUGUUUCCCACCAAGUGAACGUCAAUUUCCAUAUGUACAACACAGCAUUUAUGUCAAAUAAUUUUCGCUACAAAUUCUGAGUUCCUUCUCCUUUGGAGUAAAGUCAUAGCUGUGAGAGUGUUCUAGAACCUUAGAGAGUUCAGAUGCAAGAGUUCAUUUCACAGGGAGUCAGUUCAUCAACCAUUCUAUGUUAUAUGUUCUACUUCAACACAGCUUGAAAAGAAAGCCAGGUUUUUUUCUAACGGGAAAAAACUAUAAUUUGUGAAUGGAGCCACCUAGUGGUGGCCAACACAAUCACCCCUGAGUUUCAUACAAAACUCACUAAAAGUUUGACAAGUAAAUGUGGGAAAUUUUCACUUCAAAUAUAUGAUUUUCUUAUUCUCACAUUUGUUUCACUUAAAUCAUCUCAAAAUUACAGUAUGAGCUGAUUGUAGCGUGAAUUCGUUCAUACAAAUCUUUAGCUGUUUUUUUGUAAUGAAGAUAUAAAUUCUGUAUGUCUUUGGAGAGCUGUCAUUUUCAACAUUUAUAAUUUUCAUUGGGGUUUGUAUAUUUUAAAUCUCCUUGCUUUUGGUCCCCUACUAUUAAUCUUUGGAAAUGUCAGAAGUAUGCACUUAGAAAGCGGUCCUACUUCUAAGGAAGAGAAAAUGGUCACUCAUAGUUAAGGAGAAGAAAGAAGUAUUUAUUCUUCUGAUUUUGAUCAUCUAAAGACUAGGGUUUCAUCCUGUCGCAUUCUUUGCUUGCCACACUUGUUCAAGCUUCCUUCAAGUGGUCUGGAAGGAGCAGCUGAAUUCAGGAUUGACCACUGGGCACAUGGUAGUGACAACACAUAACACCGCACAGCCUUUUCAUAAACACCACCUUCCAAUGCGGAUACUCACGUGUAUCACCAGAAAAUCUCCAUCUUCCCAGGGCAAGGUGUGCAAUUAACCUGCAGAGUCUUUAGUCAUUUUCAUAUAUGCUAUUUACUUUAUAGAUUUUAAUCUCUGAACUACCAAACACCCCAUUCAGCCAUUAGGGAAAAUUCAUGGAGACUGAGUUGAGGACACUCUGAACAAACUACACAUGUGGUAACUUUUUAAAAGGCAUUUCUCCUAUAAAUAAGAGAUAAACAUAAACACCCAAGGGUAAGAUCAGGACUUUUAAGGAUCUGGUCGUACGUGUCCAUCUGUGUGUCCUGCUCAGGAACCCAGGAGCUGUGUUCUUGGUCCACUUACUCCUCUUAAGCAAUGAAUGAAGGGAGCCACUAAGAUGAUCACUGUUUCCCCAGGAUUCCCAGGCAUUUGCCUCUGUAAGAUAUGUCCCUAUGGGGCCAAUCAAAUGGAAAAUCAUAUAAAAAGACCUGUAAGAGAGUGUAAAGAAGGGAGCAUACUUACUUUUUUCAGUCUCCAAGUUGAAUGUGAAUUUCAGGUUUGCAAGCAAAUGUUCUGGACAAGUCAUCAGUUUCAAAUGGAGACCUCCAUGCUGUCUAAGGCCAGUGAGAGAGAGGAGGGUCAUGGGAACAUGGCUCAUAAAGGAAUGGGAUUUUCCUAUCUUCUUGGCAAACAGAGCAGCUUUUGUGAAUCAGAACAUCAUUGCUCAAAACCAACUAUUUGUAAAGACAAUGGUCAAUGAGCAUUAGAUUUUAUAGAUCCAAUAAAGAUGAAUAUUUUUUAUUAUCUCAAGGUAACAAAACAUUUUUACCCUUCCAGUGCCUCAUAGGACCAACUAUUGUAUUUUGCUUUUGCUUUGUAUUAUUUUUAUAUUUUUUAACCUUACUGAGCUAAUGUUGACUGAAAUCCUUAGAACGUUGCCUCUGUGCAAUGAAGUACUGUUUCUCUACCCUAAGAAAUCUAUUUGUAUAAUCUCUGGCUGUAAUGAUCACUUUGAAAGAUUUCCCUUGCAUCUCUAUGAUUUUUUAGUGGAAUAGGGAGACUUAGAAUACUGUAACCAAUGUUAAAAAUUUAAGCCUGUGUCCAUACAGGCCAGUUAAGCCAAAAGAAGUCAUAAAUAUUCCCAUAAUUGUGUCUUGGAAGCCUAAUUUGAAAAGUGGGGAGAUGGCCUUUGCAUGUCCCUGGGUGGGUUUUCUCUAUAGGCUAACAAAGAACUCCCCAAUCCUUUAGUCUAUCAGCCUUAUGGCUGCUUCCAUUUUCAGAAAUCCUCCUUCAACAGUCUGUCUUCAGAAGAGUUCAUGCUCCCAGCUUUUCCAGUGUGCUUGUCACCUCCCUAGACUGAUUUAUGCUGAGAUAUUAAUAGGUUCAUUCAACCAAAUGUAAUGGCUGUCUUAGAUCUAUUGUAGCAUGGUCACAAGGCAGCACCAGGACAAACCAACAGGUACUCCACAAAUGUGCUAGCACACAAAUCCAAGCAGUUAUAGAGACUAGUCCCCAGCCCAGUGUAUACUCAGAUUCCUGCAUACUAGAGGCAUCUGUCUAGAGAUCUUUUAGAAUCCCAAGUUGGGAAUCUCUGCAGAAUAUCAUGAGAGUCAUGGCUUAGUACUUGUCAAGCAAAAAAUAAUGAUUCUCUGAGAUACAGUCAGUUGCCCACCAGCUAUAUUAUUUGCUACUGUACACCACCAGUCUUUCAAAAUACCACAUUAAAUUUGUGCUUCAGCAAAAUAAUAAAUUCUAAGUCCUAACACUUCAGGGUUCCUGAUAAGUCAAAAUCCUGUGUCAUCCUUAAGUUCCAAAGGUCUACUGGAUAAGGCACUCUUAGCCCUGCUGUUAAACCUGAUGGCACUGAUCCAACUGCCAGCACUGGUGUUUGGAAUGGGAAUUGUGAGCAGAUUCUGCUGCAUGGCAGCCUAAAGGUUGAUGAGCUCUUGGCCUCUGAUCCUCCGCACCACAGGGAAGCAGCAGCAGAUGACCAGAGCUGUGCUCUUGAUGUUAAGCCAAGACCCUUUUAUAGCAGCAUUUAAAAAGCAAAACCAAACCAAACCAAGAAAUCUAUAGCCAGGGGGAAAUGUCGUUGCCCUUUUAUGUUCUUAAAGUCAUUAGUGGCACCUGUACAUGUAGAGCUACAAAUUCAGAUGCAGCCUCUUCCAGACCCUGGGAAAGAAAAAAGACAGAGAUCAGAACAAGUUGAGCACGUGAUCUGAGCGAUCUCUUCACCCUUUCACACACCCAGUCUUGACAGUGAAGCCCUCCCCCUCCAGACAGAUGUGUUUGGCCCAAGUGCAGGGUAUCUCAUCGCUCUGUGUGUGCUUUAGAUGCCGCAGUGUUGUAAGCGCUCAGUUUCAUGUCGAGCUCGACCAAGCCGGUAACUUCCCUCUUUGCUUUUUCUAAGGAUGACCACUGACUCCCUAUCGGAGGCUGUCUCAUCCACCUGCUGCCCCGCCGUGGAACUGCUCAACUGCAGAAAUGUCAGAUUGAAAUUGUGUGCUUUGCCAUCCUUUUUUUUUUUUUUUUUUUUUUUUUAAACAAAAUACCACCGACCCCGGCUUUUCAGAUAUGGAACACUUCUGUCAUUGUGGUAGAGUUCCCUUUUGCUGUAUCUUCUAUGCAAUUCCUUUUCUAAAAAAAAUAAAAAUAAAAAAACCCUGGUGGCAGCAGAGUGCUCUCUAGGCAUCCGCCACUGCCUUGCCGUGUGGUGGAGGUGAGGGAUACAGCUCUGGGUGUGCCUCUUUUUUCUUUCCCUGGCUGCCUCUCCCAAGUUUUCCUGCAGUCCCCUUGGUUCGUAUUGCCUGCAUUUAUUCUGUCAGCCAACAUGUACAAAAUGUAAGAAAGAAUUUUUAAACAGGUAAUAAAUUAUAUUUAUAAGCAA